AUGCCCAACAAUUUGACCACAAGAUUGAAAAAGGAGAGGAUGUCGGCUCCCUUGCUGGGGUCUUUGUUGGGGUCAAGGAUAAUAUCUGUACGGCUGACAUGCCUUCUAUCGGUGGAUCGGUGGCUCCCUCAUCUUAGAGAACUACAAGGAACUUUUGGCAUGGGAAGUACCACUGAAGCUUCUUCUUUCCAGGUGACUGAAAACCCAUGGGACAUGUCUCGAGUGAGUGGUGGAUCAUCAGGUGGGCCGGCUGCAGCUGUUUCUGCUCAACAAUUCAUGGUGUCACUUGAUAAUGAUACUUUUGGAAGUGUGAGACAACGAGCAUCUUCUUGUGAGGCUUUGGAUGUGGACCGAGAUUUUCUUUUGAGAAUGUCUUACCUGGAGAUAUAUAAUGAAGAUAUUAAUGACUUAUUAGCUCCUGAGCAUCGAAAGUUUGGAGAAUCUCACAGGCACAUUGAGGAGACAGACAUGAACUUGUAUAGUAGUAGGUCAUACAUAAUUUGUCGCAUGAUUAUUGAGAGUCGGGGUAGAACUGAGGAUGAGGAUAUUAAUAACUCAUGUGAUGCUGUACGUGUACAAGUUUUGAAUUUGGUGGACCUUGUUGGUUCUAAACAUGCGGCAAAAACUAGCGCUGAAGCGCUGAAAGCCAAAGGGGGUCAUGUUCAAUACAGAGAUAGCAAGCUCACAUGCAUUUUGCAGCCUACACUGGGUGGAAUUGCAAUUACAGCUAUAAUAUGCAGCAUAAAUCUUGCACAAAUUCAAGCGGAUGAGACAAAGAGAAGUCUAUAA